AUGCCCGAUGAACGAGAAAACGCUCAUUUAUCGGGCAGUCCAGAUCUUUCAGCAUGCUGGAUUUCCCAGCGGCAGAUCGUGCUAAUAGCGACCUGCCGCCGGCACUCACUGUCCUGCAUGGGGAUGAGUGAUGGCAUGGCGAUCACUUCUCCCAAUGUUGUGGAGGACAUCGCUACAUUUGAUGCUGAUGAGAUCAAGCGACUGGGGAAGAGGUUUAAGAAACUCGACUUGGACAAUUCUGGAUCUCUGAGUGUAGAGGAAUUCAUGUCUUUACCUGAGCUGCAACAGAACCCCCUUGUCCAGCGAGUAAUAGACAUAUUUGAUACAGAUGGGAACGGAGAGGUAGACUUUAAAGAGUUCAUCGAAGGAGUGUCGCAGUUCAGUGUUAAGGGUGACAAGGAACAGAAACUGAGGUUUGCUUUCCGUAUAUAUGACAUGGACAAGGACGGCUACAUCUCCAAUGGCGAGCUUUUCCAAGUAUUGAAGAUGAUGGUCGGAAACAACCUGAAAGACACCCAGCUACAGCAGAUAGUAGACAAAACGAUUAUCAAUGCAGAUAAAGACGGGGACGGAAGAAUAUCCUUCGAAGAGUUCUGUGCUGUGGUGGGAGGUUUAGAUAUCCACAAAAAGAUGGUGGUUGACGUGUGACUCCUCAGAGCAACACCCAACACUUCUGCUUUCUUCUCCAUCUCUGAAGAUCUGCUCAAGACGUCCAGCAACGCUGUAUUUUAAAUGGAAGUAUUUUUCUCUGUGAAGCCACAUUUUCCAACAUGAGCCUCAUGAAGCCAACCUAAGUGUUAUUGAACUUUUUAAUUCUCUCAAUAACUCAGUGUAGCACUUUAUAGUCUGAAGGACAGCACAGUGGGGAAGAAGAGAUGGAGAAAAAGAAGGGAGUUGGCUUUUUUUUUUUUAUUUAUUUCUCUUCAUCUUUUAUAACAAGGAGUAUAUAGCUUUCUAUGUAGUGAUUAGGUGGGCUGUAAUUGAAUUUACUUGAGUAAAGAAAACAAACUAAACCUAGACUAAAAAAAAAAAAAAAAAAGUGCCAAGCAGAACAUAAAGCCGUUCUAUACCCAAAAUUGAAAUCCUUACUUUUAUUUCACACAGUUUUAUAUAUAUAUAUAUAUAUAUAUAUAUAUAUAGUAGAAGAAUGUAAACUUUCUGCUGGGUGUCUGGUCAGUGUGUAUUGUUUCUUGUGAUAUAAGUUGUUGUUUUUUUUCUUUAGAUUUUUGUACAUUAACCGGUUGGUUGCUUCCUGUUAAUCUACUUUACACAUUGUGGUUUUUUUUUUUUUAGUUUUUUUUUUUUUUUAAAAGACAGGAAAUUUGUAUGUUUAAUUUAUACAUGUUCUAAUAUAUUACCAGGGACUGUGUCUCUUGCUUCUUGAAACAUAGCUGAAUGUUACUGCCAAGUGAAGAACCCUUUAUAAUGCAUCUAGCAAUUGCACAGAAACCUGCUUUACGUAGUCGCCGACGCAAAAGCCACUACUAUACUGUUCCGUCAGUGCAACGGGUACACCCGACCAGGAUCUAUUGGAUCUAUUCCCUAUUACACACACAAAGCGACAGUAGUCAGGGUGGAGAACUUGGAAUCGAAAUCUUCUCUCCCACCGAUUGAAUAGAGCAAACUACUGCAGGCAGCAUGACUGGUAAUAUUUAAAAUAAUAUAUGUAUAUUGGUUAUAGGCGAGGAUAUUUUUAUUUAGGGGUGGUCAUUCUUUCUGUGUAAUCUAUCAUGUGAAUUUAAACUAUAUAUCGUUUGGUCUGUCCUUAUUUACUACAUCGUGUGAUAUAAAAGUAGCGAGCCCCCCUUUUUUUUUUUUAAAACCUGCCUCCUUUUCUGCUGUGGCACGAUUGGCUGCAUAUAUUACAUACACUCAAACAGAUUUUUUUUUUUCUUUUUUUUAAAGCAUAUCGUUUUUUUCUUUUUUUAAUCAGGGCUAGUGAAUUCUAAAAAAAAAUAAAAAAAAAUAAAAAAAAUGGGGAAAAAGUGUCUGCCUGCCAUAGCUGUUCCUUCAACUGAGUGCUGCACAUCAUGGGCUCUGUCUGUGCGAGAGAAAUCAAGGUGCUUGGUGUCCUUGCAUGACAUGGAGUUUUGCAUGUAGAUCGAUUUGAAAUGUUCCUCUUGUUUACAUAAUUUGCAUUAUAUAUAAAUAUAUAUAUAAAUAUAAAAGAAAUGUUGCCAAACUUUGGUACAUGUUGAUGUUUAACAAUCGGGG